GAGCGGCAGCGGGAGUACAAUCUACAACACUGGGAACCUACUCUUGGAUGCAAAGCCCUAGAAACGACGAUCAGGGGCAAACAUGCAAGAACUCGCUGAUCAACGACAACAAGGAGGCAGAACCUGCCUCCUCUGAUCGAAUCAACCUGCGCAUGACCCAGCACCCAGCAUGUCCGCGACUGGUGAAGAGAUUGAUGAGUGACUUUCGUCGCUCAAACCACAAGGCCUUGACAGAAGAAGUCAUCUCCUCCGUCAUGGACGUCUCGUACCAUCUGGCGUUCAACAACGUCGGGAAAGCGUACCAAGCCCUGAGCCUGGCUACCAGCUCCAAGCAAUUAUGCCGUGAGAUGACGAAGAUUAGUAUCAAAGCAAGACGGCUUGACAUUGCGCUGAAGUGUAUUGAAAAACUCAAGAUGCCGAAGCUGCAGGCAGUUCUGAGGAAAGCAGAACACCAAGCAGAUGAGGUCAAGCUCGCAUUUGCUGCUAUCCACCUUGGCCUCGACGACGAAGUUGAGCCCCUGUGCAGGAGCUGCGGAAGAGCGGACCUUUUAGAGGCUUGGCUGCAGGCAAAUGGUAGAUGGGAUGAGGCGUUGCAGGUCGCAGAGCGAGCCGGGCGGCUCUACGCUCUCCACUCGCAUUACUCCUAUGGCUUGUACCUGGAGAACGCGGGGGACUAUUCCAGUGCCUUAAAUCACUUGCAGCUGUCACGCGCCAUGCCGUGCAACCUUUCGAACACAGUGUCAUCCGGAUGUCCUAUUUCUGAAUCGGGUUAUGGUUCUGUACCAGAACGACCGCUUGUUUCAGCGCAGUCAGUCAGCGAUUUCGCUUCUACAGUUUCAGCUGAAGAAGCCAACUCGACCUCGUCUCCGACAGAGUCGUCCCUGCAGCAUAAGACUACGAUGGCCACAGGCUUGCGUUGUGAGAGUCCAAGGAUUCUGCGACUCGCCGAAAUGACUGGAGAUGCCGAGGCUUUCCUCCACCGCCAAGCGGAUCCACAGCUGUAUAGGUGGCAGGGCUUCCGCAUCGAAAAGCAAGCGUGGGAAGCAGAGCAGGAGCACGUCGCUUCAAGAGUCGUUUCAGAGCGUCACAAGCGGAGCCUAGUUACCUCAAAACAAGAUGGAGUCGCCUUGGGGCCUCAAAGAUCAAGCGUGGAUUUAACCAACACGUUUGCAGGUGACAAAGUGCCUAACCAGCUCGAUAAAUUGGGUCCGCAAGCCAGAAGAAAGGAAGCCCUGCUGAAACAAGCGCUGAUGUGGUACUCACGUGGAAAUUUGCACAGCCAUAAGGUUCGCGUGCUGUGCUCCAUGGAUCAGAUAGACGAGGCAAGGAAAGUGUGCAGCGAAACAGGAGAUCAGGAAGCGUGCUUGGUUCUUGCACAUGAGUUGGAAAAACGUGGAGAAGUGCGCGAAGCCGUGAAGCUCUAUACCAACGCCGGUAGACUACGGAAGGCGCUCAGCUUGGGCCAUCACGAGGAGUUGGACAGUGACCUGAUGGCGGCUGCCCUGAAUGCAAGUCCGGAAGAUUUGGUAGCGGCUGCAACCUCCUUGUAUGAGCGGCGGGAGUACGAGAAGGCGGUGGCGCUCUUCCGCAAGGCGGGUCAGCUUGACACAGCCCUUCAAGUGUGUCUUGCUGCAAACUUGCGAGACUCUCUGAGACUCCUCGCAGAGGAAGCCACUCCAAGCAAUGACCACUCUGUGAUCGAGAAGUGUGCAUCCGUUUUCGUAGAAGCGGGACUGAUCGACAGGGCCGUCCAGUUGCUGGCAAAAACGAAGCAUUUCGAUUCGGCCUUGAAGCUGUGUGAAUCGCACGACUUCGCUCUAUCAGAUAGUCUUGUCAAUGCUCUCACUCCGAGCAAGGAAGACGCGAGAACAGCUCUCGAGGCCAGACGGACAGUGCUGGUCAGGCUGGGGAAGAUUUGCCUGAGACAAAAACUGUUCCACCUUGCCUGCAGAUCCUUUACUGCUGCCGCCGAGAUAGUGGCGGCAGUCGACUGCCUCAUUAAGACCGGGGACACUGACAAAAUCAUCUAUUUCGCAAAUACAGCCCGGCAUCCUGACGUAUACAUUUCUGCGGCGAAUUACUUACAAGGACUCGACCAUUUCAGUGAUGAGAAGUUACGCAACUCCAUUGUUUCCUUCUAUCAAAAAGCAAACGCCUUUCCCAAACUUGCUGCGUUUUAUAUCAACGUGGCUCAAAUAGAGAUAGAGGAACGCAGCGCCUACGAGCAGGCGCUCUCCGCUUUGCAAGAGAGUCGAAACUAUCUCGUCCAAUGCCCCGAUGCGGAAAAGAAGAUAGACCUGCUUGACGUUCGCAUUGAUAUCAUUACCAGAUACAUUGAGGCAACGCGACUUCGAGCUGAAGAUCCGGAUGCCAUGGUUAGAGAGUUGGUCUCGCUCUUGAAGACUCCGGCUGCAGAAAAAGUUCUUAAAAUUGGAGACGUUUUCGCUGAUUUGGGGAGGUACUAUAACUCAAUUGGGAAUUUCGCCGCCGUUCGCCUUCUGAUAAAGAAGAUGCAGGAACGCAAUCUACAUGUACCUCCGUAUCUAAUCCAAGAAAGAACUGAAAAUGCAUGCGACGACGGAGGCUGUGCUGUCCUUGCGAGGGGGUUUAGCGAUCACCACGACACCUCCCUUCGUCAGGUUGGUGCCCCCUCACAGUGGAGGGAGGAAGCCCCGAGAUAUCAGGACGUGUCACCUGAGCUGUCCCAAGGUUUUGAUGAGCGUUCCUCCGCAGUUGCGUUCAUGAGUGAUUUCGAAGAGCCAGUGAGACACACGGAGAAUGAUGGACUUCCCGACGACCCUGUCGACAGUUAUUGGGAAGACGCCCGCACUGUAGAGAUGCGCUAG